AUGCUCAAUAACACAAUUGAAGAUGAAAAACUCAAAUCAAUUGGUUCAAAUUUGUGGAAAGAAGAUUUGAGCUGCAUUGAAUGGCUUGAUACAAAAGAACCAAAUUCAGUUGUCUAUGUGAAUUUUGGAAGUAUCAUAGUGAUGAAUUUUGAUCAAUUUAUGGAAAUGGCAUGGGGACUUGCUAAUAGCAAGAAACAAUUCUUGUGGAUAAUUAGGCCUGAUUUAAUUGCAGGGGACUCACAAGGUCACAUAAGCCCAAUGCUAAAACUAGCCAAACUUGUUCAUCACAAUGGCUUUUACGUAACUUUUGUUAACACUGAAUUCAACCACAAACGUCUUCUCCGGUCCAAUGGGCCACACUCCCUCGACGGAUUACCGGACUUCCGGUUCGAGACCAUACCGGACGGCCUCCCACCGGCAGACGACGAUGCCACACAACAUAUUCCUUCUCUUUGUGAGUCCACAUCCAAGAAUUGCUCCGCACCAUUUCGUGGUCUCAUUAAUAAAAUUAACGCGGAAAUUGAGGGCGUUCCUCCGGUGACAUGCAUCGCAUCCGACGGAGUUAUGAGUUUCACGUUGGAAGUUGCUGAGGAAUUCGGUCUUCCGGAGGUGUUGUUUUGGACUCCAAGUGCUUGUGGUUUCAUGUGUUACCUGCACUAUCGACAACUUGUUGAUAGAGGAUAUACACCUCUCAAAGAUGAAAGUCAGAUUACAAACGGAUACUUGGAAACAAUAGUAGAUUGGGUCCCUGGAAUGUUGAAAGACAUGAGGCUAGAAGAUUUCCCAAGUUUCAUCAGAACAACAGAUCCCAAUGACAUUAUGCUUAAUUUCUUCAUAGCUGAAACUGAAAGAAUCUCUAAAGCCUCAGCUAUAAUCUUGAACACAUUUGAUGCAUUUGAGCAUAAUGUCUUGAAUGCCCUUAUCACCACACAUCCUCACAUUUACACCAUUGGUCCUUUACAGCUCAUGCUCAACACAAUUGAUGAGAAACUCAAAUCCAUUAGUUCAAAUUUGUGGAAAGAAGAUUUGAGCUGCAUUGAAUGGCUUGAUACAAAAGAGCCAAAUUCAGUUGUCUAUGUGAAUUUUGGAAGUAUAGCUGUGAUGAAUUUCGACCAAUUUACAGAAAUGGCAUGGGGACUUGCUAAUAGCAAGAAGAAAUUUUUAUGGAUAAUUAGGCCUGAUUUAAUUACAGGGGACUCUGUAAAUUUGCCAGAAGAUUUUUUAAGUGAAAUUAAAGACAGAGGGAUGAUAGCCAAUUGGUGUCCUCAAGAGGAAGUGUUGAAACAUGGCGCGAUUGGAGGGUUCUUGACUCACAGCGGAUGGAAUUCAACGUUAAAUAGUGUUUGUGCAGGAGUGCCAGUGCUAUGUUGGCCGUUUUUCGCGGAGCAACAGACGAAUUGUAGGUACAGUUGCAUUGAGUGGGAGAUGGGAAUGGAGAUAAAUGAUCUGAAGAGAAGUAAAGUUGAGAUUCUUGUGAGGGAAUUGAUGGAUGGAGAAAAGGGAAAGAAGAUGAAGUUGAAAGCUAUGAAUUGGAAGGAGGAAGCAGAGAAGGCUGCUGGUCCAGGAGGUUCUUCUUGUAUUAACGUGAACAAAUUGUUUAAUGAGGUGCUUUUCCCUCCUGCCGGCAAAUAAUUGGUUUCGAUUACGCCUCAAGUUCAUAAAAUAAAUUAUGAUCCAAAGUUUCUACGUAUUAAAAUAGGUUGGGUUCAAAAUAAUGACUAAUUGACAGGUGCAUUAUAGCUCUCAAUGAUAUAUGCUUGCUAAAGUUUCUGGCAACUUGUAUAAGGAAAGGGUCCCAUGUACCAAUAUUGUUAUCAGUCGUUAAUAAAUAUUUUCAUUUUCCAAGCAAAUAACAAAAAUAAAAA